GCUAAAAAGAGGGAGAAAUAGAGAGGGAGAGAGAGAGAGAGAAAGAGAUCGAGCAUUCGAGCAAUGAAAGAGGGAGACGUAAGAAGUAUAAAUUGAGUAGAGUGAGAUUGGACAUUGGAUAAAAUCUUGAGAAACGAGAGUCUGCCUAAUCCCCUCGACACCAGCUAAGUUGGAAAGGGACAGAGAAAAACGUCCUUGAAGUGGUGUAGAGCGGCAAUAUAUAAGCAUAUACAGCUGUUGAGAUGGAAAGUGGGAGACUCGAUUUGGAGAGUGUCACUGGUGCAACGACUAACGGCACGAAGGAGCCAGUUGCUUCUUACAAGCCGCUGCCGGACGAUUCGAAUUGGCCUACAAAUAAGCAAAGCGAUAGCGAUAAAGUUGAUAUGGGUAAAUUGAACGAGGAAACAGGAAUGGAUGACGGGGCUCAAGAAAAAAUGCUCAAUGAAGCAAGCAAUAUCGUACCAGCUAAAGAACCAACAGAGGUGAAAUUCAUUUCUGAGAAUGGAGAUGCAAAAAUUGAUAUUGAAAUGGUUAAGAAAACGCUAUCCGGCAUGGGCAAAGAGGAACUGAUGAAAUAUGCCAAUGAUCCUUUUUGGAUUCGUUUGAGAUGGUUUCUCUUUAUUGGUUUUUGGGUUCUUUGGGCUGCGAUGCUUGGCGGUGCCAUAGCGAUUAUAGUAAUGGCCCCAAAGUGUGCUGCGCCACAGCCAAAGACGUGGUGGGAAGAGAGUCCAAUCGUGCAGCUUGAAGCUAGCGAUGUUGAGGGUAAAGACCUCAAUGGCAUUACGACGUUGCUCGAAUCUCUCAAAGACCAGCACAUUAAAGUGGUGUCAUUGUCCCAUUUCAUCGAUGUGAAUGGACACAUCAAAGAUUUCCGAGAUGUGCAGCCACAGGUUGGAACAAUCGCGGAGUUUGAUAAUAUCAUUAAAGCAGCGAAAGAUCACGCGAUGCGUGUCGUUUUGGAACUUGAUCCAAACCAUUCGUCAGUCGAACAUCCCUGGUUCAUUCGUUCUAUCAAACGCAAAGAUCCAUACACGAACUACUAUGUUUGGGCUGAUCAAAAAACCGAUCCGUCCGGCACUCGUCAACCUCCCAAUAAUUGGUUGAGCGUUAACGGAGGCUCAGCCUGGGAAUGGAAUGAGCAAAGAGGCCAAUUCUAUCUUCAUCAAUUCAAUAAAACGCAGCCGGAUCUUAAUUUCAACAACCCAGCGGUCGUGGCCGAAUUUGGGGAAAUUUUCAGUCACUGGUUGCAACGCGGUGUCAGCGGUUUCAGACUUGGUAACACACAAUAUCUCACAGAAGACCCGAACCUUAAAAGCGAAUCGUUCGGAACGGUACCUGCUAAUGCGGACGAGUAUCAGUAUCUUACUCACGUACACACUUACGGUCGCCUGGAGAAUGGUGAAAUACUGCGUCAAUGGCGAGAGAUCGUAACCAACCGCACGAACGGUGACUGUUUGUUUACUCUUCGUGAAAAAAUCGGCGCUGACAUAUUGGCAGUUUACAACGAAAAAAAAACUCUGAUCGAUCUGCCCAAGAGUUCACUAUUCCUUGAAACUGCUAAUGAAACAGUAAACGCCACAACAUUAUUCAAUGGAGUUCGUCAGUCGAUAGCAACGAGCGGUGAUUGGCCCAGUUGGGAUCUCAACGGGAAUGAAAGGAGUCUGAGAAAACGUAUGCCUCGAGAAGUGGCCGAUAGCUUAACUCUCAUGACUUUAUUGUUACCGGGUACACCGAUUCUGAAGCUGAACGACACUCUCUCAGCUAAAGACGCUUUUUCGAAAAUUGCCAAGUCUCGUGACGCGCAAACAUUUUUGUACGGCAAAACUGAGACCAGUAUCGUCAACGGCACUGUUUUCGUUUAUUUGAGAAAUUGGCUAAAAAGCGGUACUCCCGGUUAUCUCGUGGCGUACCAAAGUUCGGAUAAACCUGCUGUUAUCGACCUGUCGACAUUGAUGUGGGUUUCUUCAGAAGUGAACGUACUCGCUCACAGUCCUAAUUAUUCUCAGGGAGGCACCGAAAUAAUGGAAAAGCUUCCUUCCGAUCGAGUGCCCAUUUCACCAAAAAGCACAUUGGUGAUGACGUUUGUGCCAAAAGAAUAAAUCAUGACAAAUUAAUGGGGCGUAAAACAUCAUAUUAUAACGAUAACAAUAAUAUUAUAUAAACGCCUAUGCGAUCUUAUUGCCAGUUGGCAUUUUCUCGUGCUUAUAUGUGGUCAGCUGAAAUCAUUUAUUAUAUUCAGCAGUAAACGAAAUGUGAACUCAAAUAUGAAAUAAUUCAAUCAUAAAACGCAUCGUAAAAUGAA